CCGUGCCCAGGGUUAUUUUUAAAUCCUGUGUAGGCCGGGCGUGGUGCCUCAGGCCUCUAAUUCCAGCACUUUGGGAGGCCAAGGAGGGUGGAUCACAAGAUCAAGAGUUCGAGACAAUUCUAGCCUGGCCAAAAUGCGAUGUCAUCUCACCAUGAUUCCCCCAGAAUAGUCUUCAACUCCUGGGUUCCAGGUAUCCUCCAUGGCCGCCUAACCUGCUGGGACUGCAGGGGCCGUUGACAUUUAGAGAUGUGGCCAUAGAAUUCUCUCUGGAGGAGUGGCAAUGCCUGGACACAGCACAGAAGGAAUUGUAUAGAAAAGUGAUGUUAGAGAACUACAGGAACCUGGCCUUCUUGGCAGGUAUUGCUGUCUCUAAGGCAGAUCCGAUCACCUGUCUGCAGCAAGAAAAAGAUCCCUGGAAUAUGAAGAGACACAGUAUGGUAGCCACACCCCCAGAUGGAAUCUUACUCCGUCAGCAGGCUGGAGUGCAGUGGCUCGAUCUUGGCUCACUGCACCCUCUGCCUCCUGUGUCGGGGCUAUUCUUCUGUGUCAGCCUCCCUAAUAGCUGGGACUACAGAUGCGUGCCACCAUGCCGAGUUCUGUGUUCUCAUUUUGGCCAAGACCUUUGGCCAAGGCUGGAAAUACAAGAUUCUUUUCAAAAAGUAAUACUGAGAGAAAAUGGAAAAUGUGGACAUAAGGAUUUACAGUUACGAAAAGGCUGUAAAAGAGUGAAUAAGUUUAAUGUGUACAAGGAAGGUUAUAAUGAACUAAACCAGUGUUUGAAAACUAACAGAAGCAAAAUAUUUCAAUAUGAUAAACAUGUGAAAGUCUUUCAUAAAUUCUUAAAUUCAAAUAGACAGAAGACAAGACCUACUGGAAAGAGACCUUUCAAAUGUCAAAAAUGUGGCAAAUCAUUUUACAUGCUUUUACACCUAAGUCAACAUAAAAGAAUUCAUAUUAGAGAGAAUUCUUACCAAUGUGAGGAAUGUGGAAAAGCUUUUAACCAGUACUCCUACCUUACUAAUCAUAAAAGAAUUCAUACUGGAGAGAAACCCUACCAAUGUGAAGAAUGUGGCAAAGGCUUUACCCUAUCCUCAAACUUUACUGCACAUAAGAGAAUUCACACUGGAGAGAAACCCUACAGAUGUCAAGAAUGUGGCAGAGCUUUUAACCGAAAAGCACAUCUUACUAGACAUAAGAGAAUUCAUACGGGAGAGAAGCCCUACAAAUGUGAAGACUGCGGCAAAGCUUUUAAACAGUCCCUACACCUUACUAAUCAUAAGAAAUUUCAUACUGGAGAGAAACCCUACAAAUGUGAAGAAUGUGGCAAAGCGUUUACACUACCUUCAUACCUUACUGCACAUAACAGAAUUCAUACUGGAGAGAAACCGUACAAAUGUGAAGAAUGUGGCAAAGCGUUUACCCUAUGUUCAUACCUUACUGCACAUAAGAGAAUUCAUACUGGAGAGAAACCCUACAAAUGUGAAGAAUGUGGCAAAGUGUUUACCCUUUCUUUGCACCUUGCUAGACAUAAGAGAAUUCACACCGGAGAGAAACCCUACAGAUGUCAAGAAUGUGGCAGAGGUUUUAACCGACACAUACACCUUACUGGACAUAGGAGAAUUCAUACGGGAGAGAAACCCUACAGAUGUGAAGAAUGUGGCAAAGGAUUUACCUUAUCCUCAUACCUUACUAGACAUAGGAGAAUUCAUACAGGAGAGAAACCCUACAAAUGUGAAGAAUGUGGCAAAGGCUUUACCUUAUCCUCAUACCUUACUAGACAUGAGAGUAUUCAUACAGGAGAGAAAACCUACAAAUGUAAAGAAUGUGACAAAGCCUUUAACCAGUACUCAAAUCUUACUAUACAUCAGAGAAUUCAUACUGGAGAGAAACCCCACAAAUGUGAAGAAUGUGGCAAAGCCUUUAAACAAUCAUCACACCUUACUAAUCAUAAAAUAAUUCAUACUGGAGAGAAACACUACAAAUGUGAAAAAUGUGGCAAAGCCUUUACCCUAUCCUCAUACCUUACUAUGCAUAGGAGAAUUCAUACUGGAGAGAAACCCUACAGUUGUGAAAAAUGUGGCAAAGCCUUUACCCUAUCGUCAUAUCUUACUAGACAUAGGAGAAUUCAUACAGGAGAGAAACCAUACAGAUGUGGAGAAUGUGACAAAGCCUUUAACCAGUAUUCAUAUCUUACUAAACAUAAGAAAAUCCACACUGAAGAGAAACCCUGUAAGGGUGAAAAAUAUGGCAAGACCCUUAACUAGUCCUCAGUUCUUAAAAGACAUGAAAUAAUUCAUACUGGAGAGAAACUCUACAAAGCCGAAACAUGUGACAUAUGCCUUUGACAACAUUUCAAACUUUUCUACUCAUAAAAGAAAUCCUAUUGGUAAGAUUCAUAUUAGUUAUGAGAAGAAUACAUUUUACAAUAAAAGACAUAAUAUAAAUUAAGUAAUACAUACUAACAUAAUUAUUCAUGAACUUGCAUUAUUAAUAGUUAAAUAUUUCUAUUACACAAAAUAAUCUAGAUACAAUGCAACCUCAUGACAUUAGCAGUAAAAUACUUAAUAGAAAUUUUUCAAAAUGAUGUCAAAAUUAAAUUUAAAAAUUCAAAACAAUAAAAAUUUUACCUAUAGAAAAAAUAUUCCUUAACUUCUUUGCAGCUGAAAGCCACUGGCACAGAAAAGUCACUAGAGAUGUUAAUCCAUCAUGUUAUUAAAUAGCAUAUUGCUACCAUCUUUUACCUAUACCCUUUAGUAAGGUGGAAGAGGUUAAAGGUUGUGGUAUGAUAACACUUCACUGAAUGCACAGUAGUAUUUAACAUGUUAAAAAUGUUGAAGGCCGGGCGCGGUGCCUCACGCCUAUUAUCCCAGCACUUUGGGAGGCUGAGGUGGGCGGAUCACAAGGUCAGGAGAUCCAGACCAUCCUGGCCAACAUGGUGAAACCGUCUCUACUAAAAAUACAAAAAUUAGCUGGGCGUGGUGGCGUGCGCCUGUCAUCCCAGCUACUCAGGAGGCUGAGGCAGGGGAAUUCCUUGAACCCAGGAGGCGGAGGUUGCGGUGAGCCGAGAAAGCGCCAUUGCACUCCAGCCUGGGUAACAAGAGCGAAACUCUGUCUCAAAAAAAAAAAAAGAAAGAAAACAAAUGUUGAAUUGGGCCGGGCAGGGUGGCUCACGCCUGUAAUCCCGGCACUUUGGGAGGCUGAGGUGGGUGGAUCAUGAGGUCAAGAGAUCGAGGCCAUCCUGGUCAACAAGAUGAAACCUUGUCUCUACUAAAAAUACAAAACAUUAGCUGGGCAUGGUGGCUCGCACCUUUAGUCCCAGUGACUUGGGAGGCUGAGGCAGGAGAAUUGCUUGAACUUAGGAGGCAGAGGUUGCGGUGAGUCAAUCGCGCCAUUGCACUCCAGCCUGGGUAAGCAGAGCAAAACUUUGUCUCAAAAAUUAAAAAAAACUUUAUAAUUAAAAUUUUUAAAGUACUGUAUUAUAUAAAAGUACAAUUAGUACAAAAAUACACUACCAAUUUGAUUUUUUAAAAAUUAAACGUUUUCUUCUCAUAAUGCAGAAUAGUACUCUGAACACAUACCUACUCAUGCAUCAUUCAAUCGUAUAAAAACCCCAAAGAGCCUCUCUAUUUAGAUUUUCAUUAUGCGUCUUUUGUUUCAGUUUCUUUAGUUUUCUGUAGAAAAGAUUGUAAAUAAUGCCCACCUAAUAAAGAAUCUCUUGGGCUCA